AUGACUGUACCAUUCAGUUACACGCAGUCUCCGUUUCUGUUUCAUCACGUUCCAAAUUCGCCAUUUUUGUUGUCAACCAGGAGACCUGCGACACAAUCACCAAUCCCAUUGGUUCCCGACGUCGAACUCGCGAGAAACAACAACUAUUCUUCAAAUAAUGUACUUCGAAAUGGUAAGCCUAAGUGUAAAGAAAAGUUCGAAUCUGUGCAAAUGCAAGAAAGUUUAAAGAAAGCCAAAGGAAUUGUGGCAAGAGAACAACUCACCCAUCCCUACACUCUUGGUAGAACAGUGUUGGUGUUACUCUUCAUUAAAUAAAGGAAGAAACGUUUGUACCUUUUUUAUACAUUGGAAAGAAACCAGCUGUCUUGCAAGCUAAGUUUUGCAAUUGUUCUCUUUUCUUUUUCUGACAGGAACUUUUCUUUCUCCCACACCUGUAGUCCCAUCAAAUUCCAAUCCAACAACACCACAAGCAACUCCAACCAGGAAAAAUGCUUCUUCUGAUUCACAAAGAGGUAAACUCCAAACUUUCAAAAUAAAUUAUUUUUUCUAUAUGGCAAGGUAGUCCUGAGUUAAAUCGAAACCUUUUGAUUGGUUUCCACUAAGUCCUUGGUUUUGUUUGCAAAAGCCAAUAAAUUCAAGAUAAACAAGUUUGGUCCAAGUGCCAUACUUACUGACUGCACUUGUUCAAGCUGUACUGCCAUGACCUCAGGCCAAUAUUCCUCAGUACAGUCCUCACACAUGGUUAGUGCAAAAUUAGUAAAAUUGAUAGAGUCCGGCAGCAAUAAUUGAGCUCCUUUGUAUUUACUAUGAAAAAAAACAACCACAAGGAAAGGACAAGGGCUUGAAAUAUAGACCUUUGCAUUGAAUUGCACUCAUGAAAUGGUAAACACAGGGUAAGAUCCAUUGUAACUUCCAUAGUUGUUAGUUUUACAUCAAAAUGUUACAUCUCUCAAAUCCCUGAGCAAAAAUGGUUUUUAGCUUUUGCUUUUAUUGCAGUGUCAAGUAGUUAAAUUGUGUGGCUAAUGGCUUCCACAAAUUUUAAGUUCAUCAUUUGAGUACUCUUAUGGGUACAUGCACUGGGUCAAAAGUUUAGUUUAGAUCUUUUUGGGCAAGAGUCAACCACUGAACUGUGACAUGAGAAAGAAGUACCCUUGCAUUUUUUCCAGAACAAGUUGUUCCACAUUUCUCUCCCAUGAUGGAAAAUAAAUCACUUAACAGAAAGGAAAGGAGGCUGGAUAUGUCACCAAAGCAGGGUACAGUUCCAGAGAUUAACCUGUUUUCAGGGGAAGAAAUAUUUGCUUGA